CCAAACUCUCCCCUUUCUUCCCAUCAGGGUGGGAUGAUCGCCCUUCUGCUGUCCGUCCUGUGCCUCGUCCUGAUCCUGUACACCCGCAGGCGCUGGUGUAAGAGACGCCGCAUCCCUCAGCCCCAAAAGAGUGCCAGCGCUGAGGCGGCUAAUGAGAUACACUACAUCCCAUCAGUGCUGAUGGGAGGACAAGCACGGGAAAGUCUAAGGAACUCCAGGGGUCAGGGGCCAAACUCUGGUGGCACCCUCAGCAUCCGGGAGACACCAAUUUUGGACGGGUACGAGUACGACAUUACAGACCUGCGUCACCAUUUGCAACGAGAGUGCAUGAACGGCGGGGAGGAAUAUGCCAGUCAAGUCACCCGUACCUUGGACUCCCUUCAGGGCUGCAAUGACAAGAAUAAUAUGGACCUCACACCGGGUUAGUAGACUGCAGAAACAACCAGAGCAGA